AUGCCGGUGACAUCGCGAGUGUGCUUUGUGAAGUUCCAGGAGCCAGAGUCUGUUGGAGUGUCUCAACAUCUGACUAACACCGUGUUUGUGGACAGAGCAUUGAUUGUGGUCCCGUUUGCUGAAGACUAGGACAUUCCCAAGCUGCGGACGCCGCAGACACCUCAAAAUUCAGAAGUGAAGUUGUUUAAACUCUUAACCAUAUGCAUUUUAUUUUCUCCCCCAUAUUGGACUAUCCUCUGUUAAACUUCUCUCUGUUAUUUGUGUGUGUGUAUGUGUGUGUAUGUGAUUUUUGUAGUGAAGAAGGCAAAAGCAGCCCCCUCGUUGAUGGCUGAAAGUGGUCCUCUGCCUGCCAACAGGGGAUUAUAGACAUUUGCAAAGGCCAGCAAGCAUUCAAGUCCCACCCCACUCUUUUUGUGUCCUCUCUUCUUUCUCUGCCUUCUCUUUUUCUUUCCUUCUGUCUAAUUAAUCUUUUCUAGGUGGUUUAGUUUAGUAUAAAGGUCAGAUAUCGGGGACAUGCCCUGAAACGGUGCUCAUUUUGCAUUGUUGCAUUGCAACACUUUUGAAUGCUGCUUAGCCAUUCAUUUUAUGGCUAAAGCAUUGUUCCUUAACGGAUAAUUUUUUUUAUGUCAGCAAAUCCCAUGAAAAGACCAAAAGACCUAGCCUGGGAACCAGACGAAUCUGCCGAGCUCAUGUUUCAUUUGCUCUGGCAGAUACGUCUGGCUCCCCUUCCAUUCAGACAGAUGAAGAGGAUCUGGUCGGGCCAAUCACAACUGGUUAUCUAAUAUUGGGAGGGUUUGAUACGAUGAUUUGGGUUUGAUACAGAGGAGCGUCACCGGUCCAGAUUUGAAAAGUCACAUGUUACAUGUUUCGCUGCUCUGAUUGGUUGUAGGUCUGGACCUGUGUCCAGUCUGUAGGUCUUUCCAGCGCAACACACCAGGCUCACGAAACUCAGAUCAAACUAAGCAGUGCUGAUCAAAUAUGAAUCAAGAUUCUGUUACUGCAUUGCCUAUAUCCCACCUCAAAUGUUUUCACAAACACAUUUUAGUGUUCUGUUUAGCUGUUUGUGACCAGGCUGCCAUUUUUUUCCUGCCUGAAAACGGACCGAGCACCGCCCAAACUUGUGUCGCUCAGCACUACGUCACAGGUUUCGUUGCUCUGAUUUGUUGUAGAUCUAUCCAGUUGCUUACCGAGGCACUUUUGUCUGCGCCCCUUGGAAAUAGAAUAUUAACUGAGAGGUUCCAGACUAAUACGCAUUUGCACAUUCGUGAAUUAGUCUGGCGAUGCCAGGCUACAAAAGACCAUUGUGGUCCAAAAACUAUUAAAAGCACAUCAAUGAGCCGCACAGUUGCACUGGGUGACAUGUUUAUUAUGAUGAACGCAGGCCACAGGCACCGUCCUGCAGUCGUAAAUGCUCGCUAGCACACCAAAUGUGUAUUAAUCCGCCAUUUACUUCCGUUACCCUUGGCUGAGAAUUACAGUUGUUUUAGGAAAUCACUUAGCCUUUUAUAAAAAUUAAAUUAUAUAUUUGUGACCUGUUUUUCUGAAGAUUUCAGUGGUAAAUGGGAUUGUGGCUGAGAGCCACAGGGUAUAGAAGUCAGAAAGUAUCGAGAGACAGACUACCACUUUGUUUGUUUUGGUCUUUUCAUGGGAUUUAUUGACAAUAACCAAAAAUUAGAUAUCACCAGUCUUAUUCUAUAAAUAUGUGUAAAUUAACUCUUGAAAUAAAAAAGCUUUGAAAGGCAAUCUCUAUAUUUGGGUCUGGUGGCAAAAGGCACACUGCCCAGACAGUCAUCACUGCACAUACAUAUUUAACCAUAUGUGAGCAGCUAAUUUUGGGACUUAACAAAGAGAGCACUAGUCAGUUGAUUGGUUAUCUUCUAUAAUAGUCAUACUACAUCUCAUCAUAAGUUGUCUAAGAUGCCCACCCGACAUGACGCAAUGUUGGUAAAAUAUAUUCUCUUUAACAGUGGUCUUCUUUUGUUGUUGUGUUUUACAGUUCUUUUUCCUGGCUCAGCCAGUCCUGUAUACCAGGCCCUGCUGAAAAUACCAUCCAACAGUUUUGUCUCCUGCAGCAAUUUCUCUCUUCAGUGUGCUGUUUUAUUUCAAUGUUGUCAUUGUUGUGUGUCUGUAUGAACGUCAUGUCUUUUUGUAUAAAUGUCAUGUUGUUUUGGGGUGGAUUUACUGUGAGAUGAUUAUAAGGUGUUUUAUUUAUUAAUUUGCGCCAUUUUAAAAAUAAAAUCAGUGGCAUAUUGCAAGUAAAGAUGGUAAAAUUAUUUUGUAGUUGGACUGUGGUAGUGUAGAUUAAUCAAACCAGUUAUCCUCUGCCUAGGUUUGGUUAGUUAAUGCAGUGGCAGGUAAGGAUACUAGAAUAAUUAUGUACAGCAGGCACGCUACCCACUCUGAAUUCUGCUAUUGUCAUUUAGUAUAUCUGACAUUUGUGUUUUUGGUAAGUAGACACUGAUAGCUUGUAUAGUGUUCUUGCCAAAUCCCUAAAAUUCUCUCUGUUGUGUGUAUCUCGAUUUUUCUCUGUGUGCUUUUAGUAGCGAAGCCGCCAACGUGAGUCGCUUGUUUCAGUAAACGUCUAAAUGAAAAUUGAGGGCACACCCAACUGGAGAAGCAGCUGUGCUUGCUAACGUUUGGUUCAUGACUUAAAAAACACGUUCAGGAUCUAUUCCAGAUGAGGCUAAAGCUUUGUCACUGUUGGCGCCAGCAAACGCUGUUGCAGGAAUUCUGCCAGGAGGAGGACUUCUUCCGACGCCCAAUCCCAUCCCUAAUCAACCUCUUGGAGGGAACCCUUUUGGUGCUGCAAACAUGGAUGCAAUGGCUGCAUUUGGAUUCCCAGGAGCCAAUAUGAAUCCCCAGGCUGCUGAUCAGCUGUUAAAGUUCAUGACAGAUCCAAAACUGAAUCCAUUGGCUGCAGGAUUAAACCUGAAUGCAAGCCUGAAGGCUGAUGCAUCUAAUAGAGAAAUCGAAGAGGCCAUGAAGAGAGUCAGAGAGGCCCAGUCGCUCAUUUCUGCUGCUAUUGAACCUGGACAUAAGGAGAGCAAGAAGAAGCACACUCAAUCCCGGACUAGGUCCAGGUCCAGAAGGAGGCGGUCCAGAUCACGUUCAAGACACAGGCGAACCAGGAGCAGAUCACGACGACCAUCGAACUCCAGAAGCAGGAGGCGCUCCAAAAGCCCACGCAGAAAACGCACCCACUCCAGAGACCGAAACAGGCGUUCUCAAAGCAGAUCCAGAGAUAGAAAGAAAGAUGAUUCAGGGAGAAGAAAAUCCAAAACACCACCUAAAAGCUACAGCACAGCCAGGAGGUCACGCAGCGGGAGCCGGAGACGCAGGAAAAGUCAAAGCGGCAGCCGAUCACCUAAAAAGUCUCCUAAAAGGAGAAACUCCAGGUCUCCAUCUCCUCGAAGGCACAAGAAGGAAAAGAAAAGGGACAAGGAAAGGGACAGGGACCGUAAGAGUGACAAAGAGCGCGGUCGUGAGGAACGUGAACGCUCCACCAGUAAGAAAAAGAAAAGUAGAGACAAAGAACGAGAGCGGGAGAGGAAAUCAGAAGGAGAGAAAGGAGAUGUCAAGAUCACCAGGGAUUAUGAUGAAGAAGAACAAGGCUACGACAGCGAGAAAGAGCGGGAGGACAGGAAGGAUUCUGAUGACUCUGCUUUGUCUCCUCACUCUGUAGAAGGUAACGGCACAGCGCGGCCUGUGAAGCAGGCCAGAGUUAACGGAGCUGACGAUCACCAUGAAGAGGACAUGGAUGUCAGCGAUUAAGCGGUCCGUCCUGCUUUGUGCCACAUGAUCCCUCCAUUUUGGUUACAACCCCCACUGGGGUAAAUCUAAAAUGUGAAGUGAGCGUGAAAUGUGUAGAGUUUUCGCACAGAGGAGUUGUCUACUCUUUUUGCAAAUGUACAAUGCAGAAUUGUCAUUUUUGCCUAGAGUUUGUCCAAAGACACUGUCACAUUGCUUUAAAGUACCCUUAUGCUUUUUGCCUCUACAAACGUAAUCAGUUAAAACUGGAAGUGGGCUUGCUUUGCUUUUCUUGAGCUUGUGUUGUCAAGUUUUGUCACUUCAUAUAUUUUAUCUUUACAUUUUUGUUUAGUGUUGUGGUGUGUUGCUCAGGCCUCUUCCCCCACCUUCUCAAAACAGUUAAUGCGUUUGCUUCUUGUUAUUUGAAAGUGUUGAUUGUUUUAUCAAGGAUUUCUUUUAUAAUAAAGCCUAUAACCAAGACUUUAAAUUUA